GUGGUUGCUCUGGCUUUGUUUAUGCGGCUACAGAUAGUUUCUCUGGCUUUGCUAAUGUGGCUGCAGGUGGUUUGUCUGGCAUUGUUGGUAUAUGUGGAGGUGGUUUCUCUGGCUUUGUUGAUGUGGCAACAGGUAGUUUCUCUGGCUUUGCUAAUGUGGCUGCAGGUGGUUUGUCUGGCUUUGUUGGUGUAUGUGGAGGUUGUUUCCCUGAGUUUGUUGAUGUGACUGCAGGCGGUUUGUCUGGCUCUGUUGAUGUGGUUUCAGGUGGUUUGUCUGGUUUUGUUGAUGUGGCUGCAGGUGGUUUGUCCUGCUUUCUUUUUAUGUGGCUGCAGGUGGUUUGUCUACCUUUGUUGAUGUGGCUGCAGGUGGUUUCUCUGGCUUUGUUAAUGUGGCUGCAGCUGGUUUGUCUGGCUUUGUUGAUGUGGGAGCAGCUGGUUUGUCUGGCUUUGUUGACAUGGUUGCAGGUGGUUUCUCCGACUUUGUCAAUGUGGCUGCAGCUGGUUUCACUGGCGUUGUUGGUGUGGCUGCAAGUGGUUUCUCUGGCUUUGUUAAUGUGGGUGCAGCUGGUUUGUCUGACUUUGUUGAUAUGGUUGCAGGUGGUUUCUCUGGCUUUGCUGAUGUGGUUGCAGGUGGUUUCUCCGACUUUGUCAAUGUGCCUGCAGCUGGUUUGUCUGGCUUUGUUGAUGUUGAUGUUGAUGUGGCUGCAGGUGGUUUCUCUGGUUUUGUUGACGUGGCUGCAGGUGGUUUCUCUGGCUUUGUUGAUGUGGCUGCAGCUGGUUUGUCUGGUUUUGUUGAUGUGGGUGCAGGUGGUUUCUCUGGGUUUCUUAACGUGGCUGCAGGUGGUUUCUCUGGCUUUGUUAAUGUGGCUGAAGCUGGUUUGUCUGACUUUGUUGAUGUGGCUGCAGCUGGUUUGUCUGGCUUGGUUGAUAUGGCUGCAGGUGGUUUCUUUGGCUUUGUUGCUGUGGCUCUAGGUGGUUUCUCUGACAAUCUUGAUAUGAUUGCAGGUGGUUUCUCUGGCUUUGUAGAUAUGGUUGCAGGUGGUUUCUCUGGUUUUGUUGAUGUGGCUGCAGGUGGUUUCUCUGGCUUUGUUAAUGUGGCUGAAGCUGGUCUCUCUGGCUUUGUUGAUGUGGCUGCAGGCGGUUUGUCUGGCUUGGUUGAUAUGGCUGCAGGUGGUUUCUCUGGCUUUGUUGGUGUGGCUCUAGGUGGUUUCUCUGACUUUCUUGAUAUGAUUGCAGGUGGUUUAUCUGGCUUUGUAGAUAUAGGUGCAGGCGGUUUCUCUGGUUUUGUUGAUAUGGGUACAGGUGGUUUCCCUGACUUUGUCGAUGUGGGUGCAGGUGGUCUCUCUGGCUUUGUUGAUGUGGCUGCAGGCGGUUUCGUCGGAUUUGUUGAUGUGGCUGCAGGUGGUUUGUCUGGCUUUGUUGAUGUGGUCGCAGGUGGUUUUUCUGGCUUUGUUGUGGCUGCAGGUGGUUUCUCUAACUUUGUUAAUCUGGGUGCAGGUGGUCGCUCUGGCUUUGUUAGUGUGGGUGCAGCUUGUUUCUCUGGCUUUGGUAAUGUGGCUGCAGGUGGUCUCUCUGGCUUUGUUAAUGUGGGUGCGGCUCGUUUCUCUGGCGUUGUUGAUGUGGCUGCAGGUGGUUUGUCUGGCUUUGUUGAUGUGGCUGCAGGUGGUUUCUCUAGCUUUGUUGAUGUGGCUGCAGGUGGUUUCUCUGGCUUUGUUGAUGUGGCUGCAGGUGGUUUCUCUGGCUUUGUUGAUGUGGCUGCAGGUGGUUUCUCUGGCUUUGUUAAUGUGGCUGCAGGUGGUUUCUCUGGCUUUGUUGAUGUGGUUGCAGGUGGUUUCUCUAGCUUUGUUGAUGUGGCUGCAGGUGGUUUGUCUGGCUUUGUUGAUGUGGCUGCAGGUGGUUUCUCUGGCUUUGUUGAUGUGGCUGCAGGUGGUUUUCUGGCUUUGUUGAUGUGGCUGCAGGUGGUUUCUCUGGCUUUGUUGAUGUGGUGCAGGUGGUUUGUCUGGCUUUGUUGAUGUGGCUGCAGGUGGUUUGUCUGACUUUGUCGAUGUGGCUGCAGGUGGUUUCUCCGGCUUUGUUGAUGUGGCUGCAGGUGGUUUCUCUGGCUUUGUUGAUGUGGCUGCAGGUGGUUUCUCUGGCUUUGUUGAUGUGGAUGCAGGCGGUUUUUCUGGCUUUGUUGAUGUGCCUGCAGGUGGCUUGUCUGGCUUUGUUGGUGUGGCUCUGGGUGGUUUUUCAGGUUUUGUUGAUGUCGCUGCAGGUGGUUUGUCUGGCUUGGUUGAUGUGGUUGCAGGUGGUUUGUCUGGCUUUGUUGAUGUGGCUGCAGGUGGUUUGUCUGACUUUGUCGAUGUGGCUGCAGGUGGUUUCUCCGGCUUUGUUGAUGUGGCUGCAGGUGGUUUCUCUGGCUUUGUUGAUGUGGCUGCAGGUGGUUUCUCUGGCUUUGUUGAUGUGGAUGCAGGCGGUUUUUCUGGCUUUGUUGAUGUGCCUGCAGGUGGCUUGUCUGGCUUUGUUGGUGUGGCUCUGGGUGGUUUUUCAGGUUUUGUUGAUGUCGCUGCAGGUGGUUUGUCUGGCUUGGUUGAUGUGGUUGCAGGUGGUUUGUCUGGCUUUGUUGGUGUGGCUCUAGGUGGUUUUUCUGGCUUUGUUGAUGUCGUUGCAGGUGGUUUGUCUGGCUUGGUUGAUGUGGUUGCAGGUGGUUUGUCUGGCUUUGUUGGUGUGGCUCUAGGUGGUUUGUCUGGCUUUGUUGAUGUGGCUGCAGGUGGUUUGCCUGGCUUGGUUGGUGUGUUUGCAGGUGGUUUGUCUGGCUUUGUUGCUGUGGCUCUAGGUGGUUUUUGUGGCUUUGUUGAUGUCGUUGCAGGUGGUUUGUCUGGCUUGGUUGAUGUGGUUGCAGGUGGUUUGUCUGGCUUUGUUGGUGUGGCUCUAGGUGGUUUGUCUGGCUUUGUUGAUGUGGCUGCAGGUGGUUUGUCUGGCUUGGUUGGUGUGGCUGCAGAUGGUUUCUCUGGCUUCGUUGGUGUAGCUGCAGGUGGUUUGUCUGACUUUGUUGGUGUGGCUGUAGGUGGUUUGUCUGACUUUGUUGGUGUGGCUGCAGGAGGUUUGUCCGACUUUGUUGAUGUGGAUGCAGGUGGUUUGUCUGACUUUGUUGAUGUGGAUGCAGGUGGUUUCUCUGGCGUUGUUGAUGUGGUUGCAGAUGGUUUCUCUGGCUUUGUUGAUGUGGGUGCAGGUGGUUUCUCUAGGUUUGGUGAUGUGGCUGCAACUGGUUUCUCAGGCUUUGUCGAUGUGGGUAGAGGUAGUUUGUCUGGCUUUAACGAUAUCAGUGCAGGCGGUCUCUUUGCAAAUGGUCUCUCUGAAGUGGUUUCUGAUGCUCGCUGCACAUUUGUUGACGUUGGUGCAUGUGGUUUUUCCGACUUUCUUAAUGUGAUUUCUGGCAGUCUCUGCUCAUUUGUUGAAGUGGUUUCUGGUGGUCGCUGCACAAUUGUUGACGUUGGUGCGAAUGCUUUCUCUGCAUUUGUUACAGACUCAAUAUCCACUGUAACAGAGUCAGCCAUGUACAUUGCUAUAUUUUGA